AUGAAUGCCCAGAUGCAAGGAUUAAAUAUAUUGACCAGCGCUGUGCCCGGCAAUGAAUUCGACAGCGAAAUUCGAGAGAAAAUUGUAAACGUGUCAGCCAGUCAAAACCUGUGGUCUCCAAAUGAUUUGGAAAUAUUCCAACAUCCCGUGUGCUUGAUUAGCGCCGUGAGUGAAACAAACGAAAUAGGAGAAGAAACUAACAUUCUUUUAAAAAGCGAAGAAACAGCAUUUGAUCAAAUAACAAAGGUAGAUUGGCCAAUAGUUGUUGUAGCCGUCGCAGGCUUGUACAGAACUGGAAAGUCGUAUCUAAUGAAUCGUCUGGCGGGCUCGAGCAAAGGUUUUGCGCUGGGAGAUACAAUUGAAUCAAAAACCAAGGGCAUUUGGGCAUGGUGUAAAAUACAUCCAACAUUGUCGAACACUGUUUUGCUUCUGCUUGAUACAGAAGGACUUGGCGAUGUUGAAAAGGGUGACCCAAGUCAUGACAACAAGAUUUUUACCCUUGCGACACUCCUUUGCAACUGCUUAGUUUACAACAUGAAGGGCGCUUUUGAUAAUGACGCCGUUUCUAAACUCAAAUUUGUAACAGAAAUGGCAAGUAAUAUAAGAUUUCGGGGGCAGUCAUCUGAGGAUAAUCAGUCGAUUAAUCUAAUACUACCUGACUUCGUUCUGUGUUUGAGAGAUUUCAGUCUAAAAUUGGUAAAAGGUGGAAAAACGAUAACAGAAAACGAUUAUCUUGAGCAAAGUUUAGCAGAAAACAAAAGCAAAGCAGAAAAGUUCAACGAACCAAGAGCAUGCAUCAGAAAAUACUUUACUAGACGCGAGUGCUUUACUUUCCCAGUUCCAGGUGAUGGUGAUGUCCUUGAGAAUCUUGAAACUUUAAGCAUUGCUCAAUUAUCUCAUAGAUUCAAGGAAGUAACAACUCGGUUUACAUCCUAUAUAUACAAAAUACCACCAAAGAGCUUGCUAGCCAGUAAACCAAUAAACGGACAAAUGUUCGUAACACUAGCUAAACACUACAUAAAUGCUAUCAAACACGGCGCUGUUCCAGAUGUUGAUGAAGCAUUUACAGCUGUAGCGAAAUUAGAGAAUGCAAAAGUUGAAAAAGAAGCUCUGGAUAUCUUUGAAAAUGAAAUGGUAAACGUAAUGCUGCCAAUCUCCGAAAUUCAUUUGGGGAAACGUUACAGACAUGCUCAAAAGAUAGCGCUAGAUCAUCUUCGACAGAAUGUUAUUCAUGACUUUCAAGCGAAAUGUCAAAUUCAAGCACAGAAGAAAAUGGAUGCAAUUUGGGACAAGAUAAAAACAACCAAUGAGCAAAAAGUUCGAGAAAAAUGUGAAAAUACUUUGCAAAAUUUGUUUGAAAAAUGUCUUAAAAAGAAGAUUGAAAAUCGAGAGUAUGAAACAGCAGGUGGUCAUCAGAGAUAUAAGAAUGAUGUAGAAAGUACAAAAGAUGCAUAUUUCAGUGCUCUCAAAGACUUCAAGGAGAACGAGAUGCUAUCUACUUGGUAUGGAUUUGUAGAAAGUAUGACCAAACAUGAAGCAAAAAUUGUUGAAGCUGAUAAAAACAUGUCAAAGAAGGAGAAAGAUGCCGAGCAAAAGCGAAAGCAAGAAAAACUUAACGAAUUAUUGAAGCAACAGCAGAAAAUGCAAAAGGACGCGUCAGACAAACAAAAGAAAAAAAAUGCAGGUCAUUUUGAAAAGUUAGAUAAAGAUCGUCGUGAGCAACAAGCAGCAGAUAAAGACAAAUAUGUCGCAUUAGCGAAAGAGAGGUUGGAAAAAGAAGCAGCACAAAAAGAAGUUGAACGCUACAAACUAGCACAAGAAGCUGCAGAAAAGGAAGCUGCACGUUAUAAAAAGGAACAAGAAGGUGCAUGCAUGUGAGGAGGCUUCGCGCUACAGAAAAGAAGAAGAAAAGAGAAAGCAAAGGUGGUUUGGUGCAAGAAUUUGGAACGCGUUAUGGAAUAUUUAAAUCAUAAACAUUGUAAUUUGUCGGACACUCUGAGAUUAUUACAAACAUUUAUUUCAUGAAAAGAAACAGUGUGAUAUUAUAGCUGUGUUAUUUUAAUUUGCUGUGUCAUAAUUACAUAGAGGCUUGUAUUCUUUCUUGCACUUAUUUGGUAUAAUGUUACUCAAAAGUCAUAUAAUAAUCACCAUUAUAUCCUUAAUCCUUAAUGUGACUUUUUCCUCACUUUUCUCCCCGAAACGUAAGUCUUUAUUACGAAAUAAUAUUCGUAAUUUCGAAAUAAUAGUUCGUAAUAACGAA